ACGAGUCCAUGUGGGCUUCAUGUAUCGCCAUAUCGUUCAAGUGACGGCGGUGAAACCGGACCGCUGUUGAAGAUGAUAUCCGGGGCACCGGCGAGUUCAGCCAACGCGGCUGCGCCGCUAUCUAACGAUGACUGUGAACAGUCGUGAGUUGAACCCGGGUCGUUUAGUUUAUUAGUUGGCGGGGGCCCAAAUCAGUCAAACCAACGCCAUGAUAUAUCAAAGGAUUGCCCUUGUGCCCCGUGUCUGAUAUUCACAUGAAUGUGCGUGAAUCUCUUUGGUGUUCUGCUGGAUGGCGUAGCAGAGCCAAAAAUAGUUACUUCUAUUUCUACACUUGAAGGAAUUACACACUACUCGAACGCGACGGAUAAGAAUUUUCAUUAAUGGCGUAAAACGCGGUGCUCUCGUUUCAUUGCGUAGUAAAAUAUGAAUUUGUUUCGCCUAAAUAGUGAUCAUGUAACAUUGUCCGUCUGACUCGUCACUAUGAUUACCCCAUGGUUUGUUCUAGACGUCCACCGUUCAUUAUUUUUCCAUGCAUCAGCCAGGGCGUGCUAAUUGGUGUUGAUUUUUCUACUUCUGGAUACGAUGAAUAUAACUACAGUUACUCCCGCCAUGGUCAACUAAAGUGUUUACUGUUGAUCGCAAGAAAUUCAUCAGGUUAUCUGUGGUGAUCUAUGUCAUCUUCGCUUUGUCGCUGAGGCCUUUUUCAUUGUCAACUGUCUAGAAUGGUUACGUAUGCAGGCCGUUCCUGGCCAUAGCUGACCCUGCAACGCAACGGACAUUCUUGUAUUUUUCAUUGGGGCUGUUAUUGUUCGCUCGCAAUAGUCUUCACCGAGAGGUGCCGAAGUACGUCGAGCUCACGUAGCGUAUGCUGGACUGAAAGUGGUGGUAUUCUUCAAAUGGUGAAAUUUCAUCACGCAAGCAAAAACCUAAGUAAAUGGUAAUCGUCACCAAUAUCGGCACUUAUCCACGACGAUAAAGCGGCUGACGAAAAAGUGGUGGAAGAGAACCUAGAAAGAAAACAUCAACCUGUAACAGUUCGCUAAAAACAAGAUCAAUUGUGUCACAGUAUUUAUAUAGCAGUGCAUGACGGGUACGACCGACGGCUGCUAGUCGGAAGCCGGCUAAUAUUUGAUACCGUACAGGCAGAAUGUGGCUCCCUCGACAACAAAAGCAACGGAGAACUGUGGCACUUGCUCUUACAGAAAUAAUGACGCUCUCAGCGCUCAUUAGACAGCUUCAUUUGGUAGCCGGCUUACAGCAACAGCCGGACGAUUUAAGUCGCAGCGCCUCUAGGGAGUGGUCAGAUGAGAUGCGUGAUCUCGGAGGAGAUAAUCCACAGUCAGAGAGCAAAAGCUCGACGGACCUCGCUGAAUCCGAGAAUCCUCCGCACGACAACUAUCAACAAUUUCUCAACAAGAUAUUACCAACUUUCGACAACUCGACAGCUACAAACAUCACCACGACAGCUGGCAAAACGGUAUUUUUGCCCUGUAACGUACGGCAUCUCGCCGAUAAAACGGUCUCGUGGAUCCGUCGACCAGCGGACGCGCCAGAGGAUCUUACGGUUUUAACCGUGGGCCGUUACACGUACACUCACGAUCAGCGAAUUCGCUCGGUGCAUUUAGAUAGCUCGGAAUCGUGGGUUCUAGAAAUCAAAUAUCCACAACCACGGGACAGUGGCGUGUAUGAAUGCCAGGUUAGCACCUUGCCGAAGAUCAGCCGUUUCAUUACACUUAACGUUGUUGUAAGUAGAGCGCGCAUCAUCGGUGGACCACAGCUGUUCGUCAAUGCAGGAAGUAGGUUAAAUGUCUCCUGUGUAGUGGAUGCGCCUGGCGGCGGGACAGAUUUCGUCUUCUGGUCCCAUAAUAAUGGGAUAUUAAGUUUGGACGCACGACGUGACCAGCUAGCCAUAAUCCUGAAUACUGAUCCGUUACGACAACAGACGAUCAGCAGCCUGGUGAUCCGUUCAGUUCAGACGUCAGAUUCGGGCAACUAUACCUGUACGCCCUCUAAUGCGGAGCAGGAUUCGAUACAAUUAGUUGUGCUUAAUAACGACACGCCCGCUGCGAUGCAAGACAGUCUGAGUUCGCAGGGAGCGUGCUCUUGGCUAGUUCACCGGGAGCUUUUGCUCUGGAUGUUGGCAUUGCCUGUAUAUCUACUACUGUGACUGCGACAGUGCCACGAUCCGCUGCGGCGCCAUGUCAAGGGAGCCCAACGACGGCAUAGAACAACAGCGAGAUAUUUCGAAACCGACGCGAGAGGGGUCACGUCUCCAGCAUGUACUCAUGCGACACAGCGCGAGUCAACCCCUGACAAAUGGGGUGGUGGCAACAACAAAUCGAUAAACGCAAGAGUUCCAAAGCCAGGGGAUAUUAUUGGAGGGGAUCAGCUUAUUGCAGCGACCUCCUUAACAGGCUCCUCGACACCGUGUCAACUAUAACCAUUGUCUAAUGUCCCUAUAUAACGGGACGCCGCAUCAGGCCUCCACCCGGAGGCUCUAUCGACAUUCAGCGUGUUACCGCUUGUAGCUGCUGUCGAAACAACCCAGUUGUGAUACAUAACUAUAGAGACAAAGAACGGGGGAUGGAAGGAAUCGUUGCUGAAGCCGCUGUCGUAGAUAAAGAGGCGGAAGGAGAUAGCGAAGCAUAAUGGUGAUUCCGAUCAGCGCCAAGACGUGUACAGCACAUUGAACAAACCAAGACAACAGAGGUGGGCACAAGGCCAAUUAGUAGGAUAAUAAAAGACGACGAAAAACUUCUAAUAAGGGCAAUAUGGCCAGUGAGAAGAGCCUUCGCUUUUCUCUAUGGCGAGAUGCAGUUGACGGAAGGCCUUAGAUGGUCUCUGGAAAUACAUACUUUUCUACCAAAUAAUUGUACUUUCUCUGUAAAAAUAGGAAUAUCCGUGAAUAAUGGUUAUCUUUGAUAGUAGAUACAUUUUGAUUGCGAUCUCGGUCGCUUUUUCAGUAGGCAGUGUACGUUCUCAUGGCUCGUCUCGUGGCGUGGCACUCAUUCAUUCUGCACAUUCUGUAUAUAGUAGCAGGAGUAGUGGACUGUAAUGAUUAAGAUAGUAACAAUACAAACAAUAAUACCAACAUAAACAAGUGAAGAAAAACGGAACUAAAGGUAAAGAAGAGACAUCGAUGGUUAUCAGUAAAGCAAGUAGCUUGGUCUGCCAACCAGUAUACUAAAUCCAUGUAAAUAGUUUGCUGGUUUGUUCAGCAAAGAUUUUCAGAACGCAUGCCGAUGCCCACCCUAUUAGCUAUGUACCGUGAGUAUCGCGGAUUAACCUGCCGGAAAGCGAAACUUUGUUUUCCGGAACAAGAUGGUUUCGCGGUAAAUUGCAAAAAAAAAAAAAUAUAAAAUGAACAUCUGUAUCGUGAAUAGUAUGCCAUCAGAUCCGUAGAAUGUAGGUGAUCUCUGCUCAGCAGCGUGGACGUCGAUUAUAUGAAUUCCGGGCGAACGUCGUGGGUCCUAAACAACGCUUUUCAUGUACUAUAAAAAAACUACAGAAUUACUUUUUGUUUGUUUGUUUGUUUGUUUUUAUAAUGUACAAACAUUUAAUGACUGAAUAGUGAUUCAGAACAAAUUGCUUAGAGAUGCGCUUUUCGCAUGAAAAUUUAUCUAGCUUUUUCUACGAAAAAACACAUUAUCAGCUAUUCGUCAUCGAUUGUAAUUAUUUUAAUCGUGUUUUCAGUUUCACAGGGAAAAGCAGAGGGCGUUAGGGACAACACAUAUCGAACAGCAUCAAUUAUAGGGAAAAUUUCAAAAUAUUUAGUAACGAUUGUGAGGUGUUCAUGCAGUGCUGUCUUUACGCGUCUGACUUAUUAGAUGAAACGAAAAACUCUACUCAACCUCUUGUUACAAAGAAGUAAAAAUCAAGACGUGAAGAUUUAUUCAUUGACAAGAUAUGGAGAUUCAAGAGCCGGUCGUCUGAGUUGACUCUUUGGGAUCGCAAGGGAAUUUCAGAUAAAAGGAAUGGUAAUGCGGGUAAAAAGGAUCCAAAAACGCAGAAUUAUUUAUCAGCAUGUCUCUGCCGCAUUCAGUGCGCACCGAAACCGUAUAGAAAAUGUAGGCUUAGCAAAAUGUUCUAAAAUCUAUCGGCUAGACCCUUUACUCUCGGACGCUAGAGUUUUUCAUUUGAGUGUGGACCAUGCCAUCGACUAAAGCCAUGGAUAACAAGCACAUAUUUUGGAAGCAAAGAGAAAUCUGUCCUAUUGGAUUUCAGGACAACAAAGGAAGAGUAAGCAUGUCUUGUUUGCUCCUCUACUUGCAUGCAUCAUCAUUGAACACCUAUAGAUAAUAACCAUAAUAAAUCGAUAGUGAAAGGAGGGCGUCGGCUGCGAAUCAGCAUGGACACUUCGCAGUAUCAACACUAUCAGAAAUAACCUUUGUUGCUCAACCGCGUCAGGGCCGAUCUCGUACAAAACCACUCCAGAUUCCGCAAAUUAAAGUGAAUUCGAGCAUUAGAGUGUUGGAAAAUCUGCUCUGGCAAUGACCACCCAUUUGCUCGUGAGUCAAAACAAAUGAAUGAUAAAUAAUCUGAAGGUAAAAAUUAAACAAUAAAGUACGUAAUAAAAGAGCUAAUUUUUGUGAAAAUCAUGAAGAGCGGAAAUUUUCUGGUGGUUUCUUACGCAAUUGGCGACUUAGGUCAUGUUUGUAAAUCUUAGCGAUUUCUCCACAUAACGAACUGUGUAUAUAAGAAACUUAAAGCAAAUGGAUAAAAAGAAGUUAACAGUAAAGGUUACUAGAACUGCGAUUCAUCAUGCCGGAGGGAUCCGGGUUUCUGUCGCUUAGUAAUUGAUCAGUAUAAACCAGAAAUUGAGCAAUGACGACGAUAAUGGCAAUAAAACAUAAAUAAUUAGUUUGAAUGAAAUA